AUGUCGUGUUUUCUUAGCAUGAUGCCAUACCCUCAGUCGAUGGGUUUUUCUGAGCUCAGAAUGAGCAAUGACAAAUUGCAUCCAGUAGGAAAAAACUCUCGUCAACGUGACAGGUUAUCUCCAGAGUGGAGCCGUGUUGUGGACAUCGACACGGCGAUCUCUGGAGAGGCACUCAAUGACAACAGGAAAGGGGCAGACCAGGUGGUUGUUGAUAGACCUCGUGAAGCAUACCUGACAUCUAUGAUAGACGGCAACAAACGGCAAAGCUCAUGCCGUUGGCUGACAUGUUCUCUAUUUUUCGUUAUCUUUCACGGUGAUCAAUCCCCUAAGGACACACCAUGGAGUUGGAUUCUGUUUGGCAUCGAAAAAGAUACUGGCGUUCUUUGGUAUGAACCAUAA